GUCUUGACUAUACCUCGCAGGUUAAGCACUGUCCCGAACAAGUUCAGCCAAUCAGACGCUGCAGAGAGACGUCGGUACAGCAGUCAGCCAAUAGAAACAAAGGUAGGCGGGACAACUUAUCAACUGUCUAGGAGACAGAAGUCUGUGGAGGCUGUGACCGUUCUGCUGAUAGCUAUGGAAACAUGUGAUGUACGCGCAUACCGCUUCACUAGUUUUACUGUUGAAUAUUUUUUAUACCCUAGUAGUACCCCCCUGUCUUAACAGACGCUUUUAAUGGUAUGAGAAACAAGCCUCGGGCAUUGUUAUUCCGUUUCCCUUCCACCGGCGCUGACUGGCUGUUCACCGCCUACACACUGCCCACUUGCUCAGGUGACAGCCUCAACAAACCGCCCCCUCCUCCCGGAGAUGUAACACUGUGGAUGACAGCAGAACUGGAGGACAGAAACAAGUGCUUGCAUCGCUCUUUGAAAAAGUAGAGAAAAUAGAAAACAGGCACAUCUCUCCUCUUUAUUUGUCUCCUGUGAGCUCUGACAGAAGUGCUUCGGCGUCUUUUCGGUCAUUUUCAAGCCACAGAGAGAGCAAGAAGGCGGCAUAGGAAGCGAAACCCCGUUAGUCUGCACUCAAUUCUCCUGUAACUGUAUCGGCACUACCUGGAUGCAAUGACCGACUCGGUUGUGGAUAGCAAGGCAGAGGUUAAACAAGCCACGAAAUAUGUGAAGGAGACCGAAAACGUGGCGGAAAAAUAUUCGGCGUUGACUGUGAGCAAAAACAGCAGUGAUGUGAAUAUGAACGUCGGGGAAAUGCCCUCCGCAGCGUUCACCGCAGUCCCCACUCUGAAGACCGUUAAGAAGGUAAGAAACGUGAUGCUCGCCAUCAGUCACUGACACCGGGCAAACUGCAGACGAGCUGGCUGUGUACAGCAAAAUGGAAAUGAGCCUGUCACAGACACCUUCAUGUUUUAGUCUACUGCAGUGAAGUAGACAUUGCUCCGUGGUUGAAGCUAAAAUCUGUAUUUUCUUCCCAAAGUUGACAGAAGGAGAAGGUUAAUGCAUUGUUGGGGGUUAUACCGCAGCGUCACAUGUCACAGUGAGAGCUGCAUUUUACAGCUAUCCCACGCAGGGACCACAGCAUCCCAAGCUCUGCUGCUAAGUUAAAAUGACAUUGGUCUGAUCAAACCAAACACCAUGAGAAGAGAUGCUACAAAGGUGACCUUUACUUCAGUAUUUCACGUUUGUUUUGACACUGUAAUAGGGAGGUGAAAACAUGGAUCCUAAAUGAAACUGGAUUAAUGUUUAGCAUUCCUUAUUGAAUCCCCCUCUGUUUCUACAAAUGCCUGUAUCAUGCCAAAAUUAUGUAGGCAGAAAACAACUAUAAGCCAAGUUGAGCUCUUAAACCUCUAAAUCAAGGCCUCUGCAGAGUAAAGAAAUACUCAACAUGCAUGAGCUUAGACAGGGGUCUGCACGCUAAGUAUGAGCUAUUUAAAGAGGUGUAGGCUUUGCAGUUUGAAGAAUUGCACUGUGCCACAAAUUACAGCCACAGACUUCAGUUCUUGAAGGUGUAAGGUCAAAAGACUCUAAUUUGUCGGAAGGAAUCACAUUUGUCCUCCGUGAACUCAUCCCUGUGUUUAGUUAGCCUUUGAUUUGUGCAGAAGUGUGUGGGCAUCAUCACUGAGGAAUAAGAGCAGCUUGAUGAAAAAUGCAGCACAAGUUGCACCUGUAAGAAAAGGCCUUGGAUUUCUUGGCUGUUACACAACAGCAGCGAACAAUCAUCGUAAUGAAAGGCUCCCUUGAGAUGGCUGUCAGUAUCAUUACAGAUCUAGCACAUUGCAUUGCAGCAGGCUGCAGAGAGUGGGCCCAGGGAACAGACGGUAAAGUUGAGAACUCUUGGGUUUCUCUUCUUUUGUUGACAAGAAAACCAUUGUGACUUUUUCAUCCUUUGUUCUUGUAUUGAUGCAUUAGGGCUUUAUUACACUUGUUGGAUCAUGGUGAUCAUCCUUUGGCACUUUUGAUACCUGUUGAAAAGUUUACUAACUUAGAUAGUUUUAUCAUCAAUCUUUAUACUGGGGCUUUUUGAAAAAAAAUGCUCUAAUAUUUGAAGGUCAAAAGCCUGACCAGGAGGCAUGUGAAAGUGUUGUGAUGUAACUGAAUAAAGAUUUUGCUGCCAAUACUGGUACCUGUCACCAGAUACAAAUUUAAGAUACCAUUAGAGGGAAAAAAACCCAAUACAUUUAAUUAAAUCAAAAACAAGGAUGUACAGAAUGCACAUUUAUAGUUACCAUCACAGCCAUUGUCAUAUGGACUUUUAACAUGCAGCAUGAGAAUGGUGCCAGAUGACAGAAAAACUUCUUUUAAAAACAAUUUUACCACUUACAAAUGCUAACUGAGUGACUUUGUGUAAAUUCGACACUUUUAAGUGGUCCUCAUAUUAAAGCUCCUUUGAGUAACUUAUGGUUUGUGUUAAUUUUGGCGCCCCCUGUGGACAAAGCAGUCUUUGCUUAUCUUGUCCUCUACAUGCUCAACCAUUGUCUUCUGACCAAAAAUCUCAAGCUGUUGACUUUUGACAUCACUGCAUCAUUCAUUGUGAAUCAUUUCUGUGUAAAGUGUGAAAACAUGUCUGUUUCUUCAGCCGCCUGCCUGACACCUUCCCCUUCCCAUCAGGUCCAGGCAUUAAAAAUUAUGAUAUAAAAAUGAUGAAUACAGUCCACAAUGAUCUUAUUUGCUUUUUGGGUGUCAUAGAAAGGCUUGGACAUUGAUUUCUGUCUAUUUCACAAAUGUUAAAAAAAAAAUUGGCAGGAGCUGUUUCAAAUGAUUACCUUUGGAGAUGAUGUUGUGAUGUCUUUUUAGUAAAGUGUAAAUCUUUAUUAUAGACAAAUAUCAUCAGGUUUAUGACAAAAUAAUCAGGAUAAAAAAAACAUAUACUUUCCCAGCAGCAGGACCCACAGACUUUACAAUAUUAGCUCAGACCUCCUGUCUGAAGGCAAUAACAUGUGCACUGUGAACCGCCUCAGGGUGCCUGAUUGAAAACAUAUUGGAUGGUAGGAAUGUGCACUCUACUUAUGAAAACAAAGCGGUGUGUUAUGAAUAAACGUGAGAGCCCUGAAUCAAACUGUGCCACCUGUUUGCAUGUAAGAAGAACAAAGGAGAAAAAGAAACACUGCAAAUGAGAAGAAAAGGUCAAAUUAAUUAGAUCCCUAAAUCACAGCAUAGAAAAGUAGAGUAGUACACAUGUCAAAGUGAGAUUGGUGCAGAAUCACGUCAGGUACUGAACAAAAUCAGUAAAUACAAAUUAAAAUGUGAAAUGAAUGUGUGAGUGAGUGUCAGUGAGGGAGGGGGAAAGAGGAAGAGUGAGCGUGUGGGUGGGUGAGUCAAAGAACACCACUACCAUGCCUCCUCUCCGCAUCCAUCCAGCAGUUACACAACAUGCCGCCCUAGGAAUGGGACUCGCUGAGUUUGUUCAUGCUUCAUCAUUUCUGUCUCCUAACUGAGGACUGUUUUUCAUGAAUCCUCAGAUGUGUCUCAUUCAUACGCAGUUUUCAUUUGCUCAUCUUCUAUGACUCCCUACACCAUGACAGGUUUUCAUCAAGGUCUGAGGCAUGUUUCUCCUCCCUUUGCAAACCUGGUGGGUGGAAAAAUUUCAAGACGUACAGUAUGGUAAAUGAAACUUCUCUUCUCAUGGCUUAUGGAUCUCAGGCUAGUGUCAGAUAAAGAUGUGAACUCAGAGCCUAUAUACCAAAUCUCAUUCACCAGUUACCUUGUGAUCUAUUUCUUUAAUUAUUAGUUAGAAAUAAAAGGUUAAAGAAAGAAAAUACACACAACCAAACUUUUCACUGUGCAGGUAUUAAUUCUGUUGAUGCUGCCACAGAGCUGACAUUGGUUCAUUUCUUUUUUAACUGUAUUUUGAUUAAAUAAUAAUUCAUUAUUGAGACAUUAAGCCCGCUCAGCACUAGUAUGGCUACCAUGCAUCAAAAACCAUUUUUAAUCUGUUGUUUUAUGUGCCUCCGUGUCUGCUCAUAAAGAAGAUGGCAUUUAAAUAAAAAAGCCAUGAGCAAUUAUGUCUUUGCGAAUUAAAUUGCUCAUUUGGAUCUGUCAGCAUAACUAGGUCCCCAACUUCACUGGACCUGAAGUGUGUCCAACCAACAUGAAACCUCUCUCCCUGCUUUUUUUUUUUGUGAUUUUGUGUUUGUCUACAAUUGCUGCAAAAUUUUUAUUUUGGCUAUCCAUCUUUAUUUUUCUAACUAUCAUACAUGCACUCUGUUAAGAUAAGUAUAUUUAUAGUUGUAUUGGGGCAUGUGAGAUAAAUCAAUAUUAAUAAAGUCAUUUUGCUGCUUGAUGAACACCCAGAACACUAGAACGAGGUGUUUUUAAGUCCUAGUGCAGUUAUACUCCAUAUCAAUACUCAUGAAAUGCCUCUUAUCCAAUGAAAUUACUCGGUAAGAACCUACUUAUGUAGAACCAUAGACUGUAUAUAAGAUGGACAACCUGGUUCCGCCUUCCGCCUGUAUACGGAUUUGAAGCCAAAAAGCUCUCAGUAAUUCUGGGUUUUUCUCCACUUCCUUGAAACCAGAGCUGCGCAGUAGCGAUGCGCGCAUUCGGCCGCGCAGUCGCCGAGAGUCCCUGUGAUGACGCUCGGCUCAAACAGCGUAUCCCCCGGGAGAGCUACGAAAUCCCUGAACGCCCAUAGGCUGUAUCAGGUGUCAAUCAUAGAAAACAUGAACCCCCUAAUAACUAAUAUCCAAAAAGGACUUGGACACAAACCAGUCUUACAAUAAAUACAUGUCAACAUCACAAGCAGGGGGGAGAAAAAUGUAUGUUCUGUGUAAUAAAUUUCUAAAGUUUGUCCACAGUCCCAUAAGCUUUGCUGGCGGAGGCGGGAUUUAUGACCUGUACUGCAGCCCACCAUCAGAGGGUGCUGUUCUCGGAGUGGCUUCACCCAGCGCGGAGGCAGACUCUGUCCAUCUUAUAUACAGUCUAUGUGUAGAAUACAAAGCUAUGUCUCUUGUAAUAACAGUAAUGGGACAUUAUCCAACCACCGCCUCGGCUUUACAUUCCUGAUAUAGGACAAGGGAAAGGUAUUAAAGUAAUAUUCAAAUCAGAUCCUUCAAACGCAUUAAUUAAAAAAGGAAUUUAACAUUUUGUGACUUUGAUGACCCCUAGUGUUAAAGAUGUACCUUGAGACACAUCUGGAGGCAUUGUGAAGACUUCAUGGGUUCAUUUUCUCGGUCAUUUUUCUCGUCUUCUGCAGGACUGUUCCUGAAAACAAAAACUUAUCAAGGUGAUCUGACAGAUUUUAUAACCAACAUAUUUUAUUGAUUAACAGGAUUUUGACUCCGACUGCUGCGACUGAAUGAAUGAAUAAAAAUCAUAUUUGCUAACCGUUUAUUUCUAGCUGAAAUUAAAGUUUGUCUCCCAUACUCUGUGUAAGUAAAGUAAAGUGCAGUGUUUUUGCCACAGUAAGAGGAAUAUAAGCACAGAGAGAAAAGUCACCAUAGGCUGAGAAAUAUAACACAUCCAUACUGAGAAAUUUCAGCUCUACCACUGCUACAUAAAGAGGAUCUCUCAAGGUUAACUACUGCCUUUGAUUUUAGCUCUCUGUGUCUCAGACAGAAAAUGAUACUCUAGCCAAUAGGCUUUCAUGUCCUUGUGAUUGUUUGGAAAUUAUGGUUUAAAGUUACUGUACUAUUCACUGAAGACUGGAUGUAUGGGGAAAAGAGGAAGAUAUAGUUCCAGCUAAAGGUCACUAAGUUCAGGAGGAAGGAUUAGCAGUCUUUAUGUUUUUGACACAACACUGUGUAAUCCGACAUGCAUGUGUUGAUCUAAACAGGUGCUUUUGCAGGAAAAAGGAAGUGUCAGUAAUGUAAGUUCUACUCGAGCAUCACAUGAUCCAUGAUUUUCCUGAGGUGAAUUUCAGAGGGGUACUUCAGACCAUCUGUUUUUCACAUGUUAAUACUUAACUACAGUAAGCAGUCAGAUCUGUGGAUUAGUCGUAGUGUCCUUAUUGUUAGAUGGCGCUGUAGAGCAUUAGUGGUGCCUGGCUAAGUAGUUAAUGUCACCUUAUGCCAGGUCCUCAUUGAACCCUUGACAGCCGCCAGUUGACAGCCACACCGCAGCUUAAGUCUGUGACCUGGCCUGCUAUCUGAGAGAGAAAAGGUAUUUUUAGAAGCAGGAUGGGACUGGAUGGGCUGCUUAUUGAUGCAGCAGAAGGCUAAUGGAAACAGCGUUGAAUUUGCCCUGUCAAUCCCUUUUUUAUUUGGAACUUUAAAUCUGGAGUGCAGCAACUGUUUUUUUUUUCUUUUUUGGUUUGUUUAAGUGAAUUUGUGAUUUACUCUGGGUUUCUUUUCAGUAGCUCUACGGUUUUCAUGUAAAUUUUAUUUUGUAGCAUUUAAUCCUAAAAUACAACCCACUGACUUCAGCAGCUGGUUGUCAAGGGCAGAGUCAGAGAGAGAGAGAGAAAGAGAGAGAGAGAGAGAGAGAGAGAGAGAGAGCUCAGUUGGACUAAACCCCCCUUCUGUUUAGGCCUCUCUCUCUCUCUCUUCCUCCCUCUCUCUCUUUCUCUCCCCAGGUUGGCCAUUAGAAAUCAGGAUAAUAGGUGGGAACCUCCCCCCAGCCCGUCCUGGGAGUGUUCUGGGAUAAUAGCAUCAGAGACACAUAGUACCAUCUCACAGAGGACACACAGGCAGAGGGAGGUAGGCUGGAGACCUGGAGGGAGAAAGAGCGGGCAGAGAAUGGCAGACAUGGCAGACAUGGCACACAAACAUGGGCACAGCAGAGAAAGGGUGAGUUGCUGCUAAUGCAACACCUGGAGCUUAUCCAGCAGGCAUACUUAUAUUUCACACACAGAUAUGAUGAAGUCACUCUUGGCUGCUUUACUGUCUUCUUUCAGCACUUUAUUGCAGGUGUUUUUCUUUGAGAUGAAAUGAAAGAGAAAGAAUGAUUGUCUCCUCAAAAAGUGAAGGCCACACAUAUGACCUCAACUCACCUAUGCAUAGUUUACUGAGUGGCAAAGUGGUGAACAGAACAUAUUUUUAAGACCAUUAGAGAAAAGAUUAUGAGUUAAAAGUGAGUAUAAAUGCGUGGAGGUAGAGUGGACUUUCAACACCACACUGCCUAGACAGUUUUCUUUUAAUUAUUCAAUGCCAGAAAUUCACUUUCAGUGCAUGUUAGAUUCUUGAAUUAAAGAAGGAUGAGAGUUUUUGUCAUGUCCAGGGCGGGAUGAGCAAAAAAGGUGAACCAUACUGCUCGAUCCACAAGGGCCACUAAAAUCAACACAAACCAGAAAUUUCUCACUGGGGCUUUAAAGCAACAAAGAAGUGUCAAAUCUAUCAAAUUAAAGUCUCGUUUAUCUAAUUUUUUCCUUAAGAGUCUGUUUUUCAUGUCUUUCAAGAGCAGAGAAAAACACAGUGUAGCACCUAUGCUGAAACUUCAGAAACAUAAAAUAAGUAUUUUGCGAGUGUGUGAGACGGAGCCAACUCUUGAUUGCGAAAACAAAGACACGCAGAGAGCUCCAGAGUUCACACUGUCUCACAAGCUUCUUGAGUUUCCUCGUACUGACACAGUAGAUGGUUGAAAAAAAAAAAAAAACGGUUACUGUGCAUAAAAUAAGGAUCGAGGGGGAAUGAAAUCUUUUCAGGGAAUCUUUUCAGCUUUUGCUGUUUCUGUCUGUGACUUCAGUAUUAAAGGAACAGAAAUCAAAGCUGUCAUUUUCAAUUUGGGUGAGAAUCUACAAUUUAAGUGUUGAAACACUGUGUUCAGGCAUUUUCUCUAAAGAGGAUAAAUGAUGUUACAAGUCAAAGGAACCACAUUCAUCAACUAGGACUUCCUGUAGUUUGAUAACAUCCUCUCAACACUUUAUUUAGCGGAAUUUAUUUGGAGUAAGUAUUCCUCUAAAGUUUGUUCCUUAUAAAAUCACUGGACUUAAAGACCAUUAAUGAUCAUACAAGAUUGUUGGAUGUCCAAACGUGCACUGUACAGUCACACUUGAAUGUUACUCAUCUCACUGCUGUGGGUCAGGCUUUUAUGUGUUGCUGGAUUUAUCAUCUCUGUGUUGUGUCAACUCUGCUAGCUGGUGAGUUAGUUUGUGGUCCAAACACAUACUAUGGACAUUUAAAAUAAGGGGACAUGAAAAUCCAGUGAGGGUGCGACAGUGAACACUUUGUGCAGACAUUUGAACUGGACAUCAGUGAAGUGGAGCGAGCGUUGAAGGAUAAGAACAACACCGUAAAUGAACCUUGAGGUUUUUAUCGGCAGAACUGCAGACACACUUGACCUUUCAGUAUAAAACUACAAAUAAAGAUUCUGUGAGGAGUUUUACCUUAAACGUAAAGAAUGUGCAGAAAAAAUAGUGUCUGAGUAUGAUCUAGAAAUGAGGAAAAGAUCAUCAGCAAAAUAAGAUUUAUUAAGUCUGCGUGAUAAAUCCUGAUGCCUGAGAGGGAUGAGGCAACACAGCAUGGAUUUACUGUGAGUAUGAUUGACUUAGAGGUCACCCUCUUUGUUCUGAUGGUCAGUGUGUCAGGUUAGGUGAUCACCUUUCAACAGUGUUUUUCUUCUUUCAGCCUGUUGAAUCCCUUGGUGAGUUGUUUUUAAAUAAAUAAUAACUUAGUUUUCCCACCUGAAGUGACAGUAGAUCAAAUAUAGGACAGGAAAUUAGUAACAAGAAGACUUUUGAUUGGCUCUGUAGUGCUUAACGUCCUGUACGAACAAGUACAGUGUCAGUAUGAUAACAUUAUCACAAUGAACAUUUUCCAAAGGGCACCCAGAGGGCAUUUGUUUUUCUUUUGUCCACUGUAAGGGCAUCUGUGGGAGGGGGUUCAUAUGAUUUCCACUGAAAGGACACUAGAGACGGCAUGUGAUAGUUUUUUAUCUAUGAGAAAAGCAGACAGGAGGAUACCUUUUCAGGAUUUUUCCAGACAUUUAGGCGCGGGGGACGGCGUCUGCCCUGUCCUCACUCUUUUGUUUUGUAAACACAGGCUACAAUACACUUUUAGAUAUUUGUAGUUCUUAAUUGCAAAGCCUUGUUUUGAUUUGUGUGUCAGUAACUGUGUAUAUUUUUCACAUUUGAUUCUCAUAGUUUUCAUGAACAAUGAUAACCUAGGUUUAAGAGUCCUUAAUACCUUGAUAUGGUAUUUAAUGAUGUGACAUGAUGUUGUGUUAAAACAAGAGACACAACAUUAGUGCUUGAGUUGGACUUGAAACAGCACACUUUACACUGACCAACAGGGAUGGGCCAUAUGAGCUAAAAAAUGUAUCACGAUGAGUUUUGCCAUUCUGGCGAUAACGAUGAAAGUCUUGAUAAAAAUAUUUUUAAUUCCAAUCUAUAUUUUUAACUCAUUUUGUCUUGAGAAUAGUUGGAAUAGUCAAAUAAGAAACUUAACUACAAGUUUGAGUGGUAGGUUAUAGAGAAAACUAAUGACAUCAGACAAGUCUCAAAUGUGGAAACAUUUUCAACAUUUGUUGAAAACUCUUAUUACACAGAGUGAACAGCGGCAGCAGAUCCACUGUCCAAUGUCAGGCAUACCUGUUUGCACUCAUCUAAACCCCAGUCUUGAAGAAAAUCCCUCAUGUGGAGCCUUGUUCGGUAACGAGCUGCUCAGAAAUGUCUUCUUCGUUACCUUCGGCCAUGUUUGGUUGUUAUUCCGCGAGUCCGGCGCUCACGUUUCUGUCAUCAUUUUGCAUGUAUCGUAUUUAUCAUGAGAUGGCAAAUAUUUAUAAUGGAAGAUGUUUCUGAUGAUAUAUCGUAAACAAUAAUUUAUCGUCCAUCCCUACUGACCAAUGAAUGCUGGAUUUCUUGGAAAUGUACAGAUGGUACAGGUCACAUCAGGUCUUGAGAUAUUUGACUGUAUCAUUGGUUCAAGGUUUUCUCUUAUACAACAUACUAUAAUCUCAGUACUUCACAUCCUUAUUUGACCUGGACAAGUGAGUUAAAAAAUAGUGUUACCUGUCUGUUGACUAGAUGUUAUCUUCUGUGGAGACUAAAUGUGGACUGAAAACCAAAGACCUGAAACCCCUCUGCGGUCUUCCUCUUUGAGGAAAGUGCUGAGUAAUUCCUCUACCUGUGAACCUGUCUAGAGCAGAGUCUUUUUUUACGCUGCUGGUUAUUUAUAGAGAGGUCUGAGCACAGUGGAGGCAGCCUGCAGCCCACCACAGCUUGUUUCUCUGAAAUUUUAAUGAUUGUCUGGAACAAUUUAGUCCUGUUACUCUGUCAGACUGAAACUGGUAUCUCCUUGAGGUCUGCCCUGAGUGGCCUGGUUUACUUUAAAAAAAAAAAACCUCAGGGUUCAAUUUGUCUUUUGCUGACCCCUGUCUGCUUGUUCUGUUUUUGCUGCCAGACUUACACAGUUUCAGGGUAUUUAAAUGACACUCAGUGUAUUUGUGAGAUUGUAAGAGUAACUAUUGCCUGCCAAGCCCCAAAUAGACACAAACUCACACCAGCCAAAGGCUUUAAAUAAUAUCGUUUUCAGUAUUCGUCCAACUUCUGUCUGUUGAUACAGUAAGCCCAAACAGAUGACUAUUAUCUUGAGUUACAGGCUAUUUACAAAAAACAGGCAGGCUGUGUGUUUGUCCCACUUCAUGUGUCCCGGGUCUUUGAUCUUGGGCUCUUUGAAGGGCUGGAUUGACACGAUGAACCAGAGCAACAACUGAGGCCUGUGUGUUUGAACAAAGCAUAAAACACGAAGCAGGACAAACAUCUAAAAAUAAGCUGCUGCCCCAUCUUACCUCACCCACCUGAGAUUUAUUGAUACAGGCUCAGGCAAUUUACCUUCUGACAGUUUCAGUUGCUAAAACAGCAAAAUCAAAGCAAAUCAAGAUUUAAAGGGGAAACAUCACGAUUUCACUGUUGAUAGAAAAAUCAACAAGAACACAAAAACAGUUUUAUCUGUAUUCUGUUUACAUUAAAUGUUAAUCUGCUGUGCUUUUUUUCCUCCGUAGAUCCAGUUUGCUAACACAGAGGACAAACAAGAGUUUAGCAAAUACCCCACCAAGGCAGGCCGGCGCUCCCUCUCUCGCUCCAUCUCGCAGUCCUCGACAGACAGCUACAGCUCAGGUACUCUGCUGAACACCUGUACCAGUGAUUUCACCUUCAUUCAGAGUUUCAGAUCAUUGCAGGACCUCUAACCGAGCUGUAUCUUUUAGAAUGAGAUUUGCACAACCACCCUAUAAUGCAGCAUAUAAAACAAACAGUGAUAUUAAAGCUCAUAUAGAGUAAAAGAGAGAAAAAAAAGACUUUAGCCUUUUAUUUUCCCUUAGAGAAGUCCCUUUAUUUUGCGGCUCAUAGCAGAGGUUGUGUCUUCAUUCAACAAAACCAGACAGAGCCAUGUUUCGUAUAAGGCUGCACACUGGUAUCCUUUGAUUUGUUACCAAGUCCCACUCGUGAUAGGAGUAUUUUUGACUCUCUUCAAAGCCUGUGGACCGUAACCGCUGAUCACUGUGCUGCCUGGUCCAUAAAUCAUGCUAAAACAAGGCAAAGUACAGCUCUGAAACACUUGUACAGUGGUGUUUGAGUGGGGCUGCUUUAAAAUAAGUGAAAUGUCAUGGUAUGAUUAACCCAGACUGCUGCGACUGACAGUCUAGCUUUUACCCUGCUUCUGUGGCUCAGCUGAAAUUUUCUAUUAACGAGUACUUUAUGCAACCACAAGAAAAAAAAACAAAAAUUUUUAAUAUUAUAUCUUCAAAACUCACAAAUAUCUAUGUCAGUAUCAGCCUUAAAACUGGUCUGGAUAUGAUUGUUCUCCUCUUUGCACACAAAGCGUGUGUAUAGUUUCUACACACAAACGGAAAAACACACAAAUGCUCUGCUUGACACAGUGGAUUUGAAGUUAAUAUUUCAUAAUUGGCUCUUUUGUGUGCUUUUCCACAAUAGUGACCUUUUAUGUUCUCUGUUUCCCAGCUGCAUCGUACACUGACAGCUCAGACGAUGAAACCUCCCCCCGGGACAAAGCGCAGGUCAACUCGCACGGCAGCACUGACUUCUGCGUCAAGAACAUCAAGCAGGCCGAAUUUGGUCGCCGUGAAAUUGAAAUAGCAGAACAAGGUACAUCUGACUUCACCAGCACAGGGUGAUUUCAGAGAUUAUUCAUGUUUUUCUCUUAAAUUGUGUUUUCACAUAGACUGUAGAAAGAUCUCCAUGCUUGUAAACUGAGCACUUUGUAUUUUUAGCAGUGAAAAUUUGAGCAAAAGGGCAAAAGUCAAAAGUCAGGGUUAGUUCCCUGCAGAGGUAAACUUGUUCAAAGAUGGUUUCAUAGUUUCUUCUUCUUCUGUGAUUUUUGUGAUACAGAAAAGAGGCCAUAAGAGAUGUAUUGUUGAUCCUAUUUAUAUAAAGAGAGCUUUGUAAUACUUGCUGUGAUUCUGUUCCUUCUCACAUAUCACACAGCGUCUGGUUUGCUGGUGAGACACUAGCUGAUAAAGAUUCUCCUCUCAUGAUUCGUUAAAUCUUGCGACCCCAGGUUUGGGCUGGGUCACUGUUGUUCAGGAAACCUUAUCAGAGGUCUUUGUCUCAGAGCUAUUCAUCAUUUGUUAUUUUCCUCUUCUGUGAUACCUCAUCUCCCAUCUCAGGCGAUUUUUGUACACUCCCCUCUCCUCCCCUCUCCCACUCCUGUCUCCCUGGCUGUUUACAUUGCUCAUGCGCGUGAUAAGUAGGAGUGAGUGUUUGAUGAGUGUUCUCCAGGCUUCAAGCCUGGGCAGCAACAGCUGUUGCUGACAUGCUGCUUAUUAAUCAGUCUCUAUUUUUCAUGGCUUCUAGACAGAGUAAAUUUUGUAUUCUGUGAAAACAGUAGCUGACCUUUCAACCCUACAAACUUUUUCUCUCUUUGAUCCCCUGCAGACAUGUCUGCCCUCAUCUCCCUGAGGAAGAGAGCUCAGGGAGAGAAGCCGCUGGCUGGGGCGAAGAUAGUGGGCUGUACCCACAUCACCGCUCAGACAGCAGUACGUCCUCUCAUCCUGCUGAAUAUUAGAUCUUUACUUUACAUCUCUGCUACAUGUUCAUGUAUCUAUAUUCUGCAUUUUUUCCCAAUGAGGUCCUGAUCGAGACUCUGGUGGCCCUUGGAGCUCAAUGUCGCUGGACCGCCUGUAACAUCUAUUCCACUCAGAAUGAGGUGGCUGCCGCUCUCGCUGAAACAGGUCAGAUCCUCUCCUUUGAAAUGUUACUAUUAUGGGAUGCUAAUUUAUUUGCAAGAUAGCUGUUUAUAGCCAAGUUCAAUCAGAAAGUCAGACCAUCGGUGUUAUGGACCAAAAUUGUCAUCAGAUAUCAAAUAGAAGGAUGAAAGACAAAAUCAGUACACGUGAAAAAAAGUUUUAUUUAAUAGAUUUAGUCUGACGAUGUAUUCGAACCCCAGACUGUGAGGUUUAAAUCUGUCUCCAGCUAUUUGACUCAUCCAUUUCAAUGUGACACUGCAUUUGAAAAAUUCCUGUUGCAGUUAUUUUGAUUUUGAGUUUAGUCCAGUGAACACUUCACUUGAAAGUGAAAGGCAACCAUUAUCCAUGCAUGUGCUCAUGGACCUGUUGGACAUGAAGCUGGUUCCUCCUCUGUUAUCUGUCUUUGCCAUGACGUGUGUGUGUGUGUGUGUGUGUGUUUUUUUCUGCAGGGGUGCCUGUGUUUGCCUGGAAGGGUGAGUCAGAGGAUGACUUCUGGUGGUGCAUCGAUCGCUGUGUCAACACAGAGAGCUGGCAGGCCAAUAUGGUAUCAACCUGACAAUCUGACCAUUGAUCGGACACCAGCUUUUAUCUGUCCUUUACGACACGAUCACAGUGCAGGUUAUCUUUAACUGUUGUGUUUGUAUUUUAGAUUCUGGAUGAUGGCGGAGACUUAACCCACUGGGUGUACAAGAAGUAUCCCAGUGUUUUUAAGAAGGUGCGAGGCAUUGUGGAGGAGAGUGUGACCGGGGUGCACAGGUGAGAUGGGGCUCAGAUUAAAAACAAAUUAAAAUAUAUAUAUUUUUAAUUUUGGCAUCAAUUUAAAUCUAGGUUUUGAUUUUAAUGAAGAAAUGUGAAUAGUGGUUAUAAUUUUUGACUAGUCUGGGCUAUGAGGCAUUUCUCUUUUAUUUAUUCUCCUAAUUUACACCUUUGACUUGUCUGUUGCACUCAGUAAACAACCAUUAAGUAAAAAGACAAACCUCUGCUCACCUGUAAUGUCAACAUUUGAAUAACCUUAAAUGAAAAAUGAUCGCGAGAAAGCGAUAAAAAUACUUUAAUUGUAAAAUGAGGAUAGAUCACAUCACAUUUGUCACACCUUUUCUACCUCUUAAAUUAGUGUUAUAUUAAAAUUUAUAUUUCAUGAUAUGUUGAUUGUAUUUCACUUAUCUUUCAUAUGAUUUCUGAAACUGCUGCACUUAAUGAGAACAGAAAAUAGACUCAAACAUUUACCACACUCACUGUUGUAGCAUUGAUAUACUGUAGCUUUCAGGAUCUUUCUCCGUGAGAUGUUAACAUGGUUUUGCCCUCUAGGUGGAGCUGUACGGAGGGGAGCCAAGCCUCCUGAUGAAUGAAAGUGUCAGCCCAAACAGUACCAUAAGCAGUUAUAUAAGCAAUAGCAAUAUCAAUAGAGUGACAGGACAGCUUUGAAAGGUCAGCACCCUGAUCUGACAGUAGCACGAGUGUAAACACGACAGAGCGGCACUGCAGGUCACUGCAGCUGUGCACGUACCACUCUCAGUGGAAUCAAUUAGUCAGACACUCUGGAAAGGGAGAAGGUCACACAGGAUUGCUAUUUGUUGAUAUGUGUUCUGUGUUUGCGCCUCUGCCUGAACAUGUUCCUCCCCUGUGUCCUCUCAGAUUGUACCAGUUGUCGAAGGCUGGCAAGUUGUGCGUUCCGGCCAUGAAUGUGAAUGACUCCGUCACCAAACAGAAAUUCGACAACCUUUACUGCUGCCGUGAAUCUAUCCUGGAUGGGUGAGGAGAAUAAUCAUCCAGAUAAGAGAGCCGCUGUUUGCAUACACACCUCAGCAGCUCUUUCACAGUGUGAACAGUUCAGGUUCUUUUUUUGUGGGUUGGACAGAUGGAUAAAGUGUGUCAUCUUUCUUUUCUCUGCCAGCUUAAAGAGGACCACAGAUAUAAUGUUUGGAGGCAAACAAGUCGUAGUGUGCGGUUAUGGAGAGGUGAAUCAUUCUUUUGUUGUAUAAAAUGAAGAUACUGUUUUAAAGGUGCGACAGAUCUGUGUUUAACUGUGUGUUUCUGUUUCCAACUUCUGUCCUGUGGUGUGUGUGUAGGUGGGGAAAGGCUGCUGCACUGCUCUAAAGGCUCUUGGAGCCAUUGUGUGCAUCACAGAGAUUGACCCCAUCUGUGCUCUGCAGGCAUGGUGAGUCACCAUCCAUUAACAUUCAGCCCUGCUCUGUUAAUGUGCUCCUGGAGAUAUGCUUCCGUCUUUACAUUCUGCAUCCUGUUCGCUCAAGACAAUUACUCAUCAGAGUGUUUUUUUUUUGUUGAGCUGCUUAAAUAAAGAAAGCGUCUUUCUCUGUUUUCAUACAGCAUGGACGGCUUCCGAGUGGUCAAGCUGAGUGAGGUGAUCCGACAGAUGGACGUGGUGAUAACUUGCACUGGUACUCCCCCAUCCCUGCAGUGACAAACAUUACUUCUGCUUUGACAGUCACAGUGUAUCCAGCGAAUGAGCUCACGCCUCACUUAGAUAUCAAAGUUUGAGGCCAAAAACACAAUUUCAGUCCCAGAACUAUCAGGGUUUUUUUUCUUUUUUGCUGGACAUGUGGCUGUAAUCACAAGUCAGAUUGACACAUCGUUUGGAGUUAAUUCUUUGAACAGGAACAGAUGCUUUUAUUCUGAUUUCUGAUUUCAUCUGCAAUCUCACUCUAUUCAAUCAUGCCAUCACUGCUCUUUCACGGAUGAGUGUUUUUUCCAUAUUAGGAAACAAAAACGUGGUGACAAGAGAACAGCUUGACCGGAUGAAAAAUGGCUGCAUCGUCUGCAACAUGGGUCACUCCAACACUGAGAUUGACGUGGUAAUGUGUCUACGUCUUAUCAUUGAUUUGAUCUUCUUCACCAUGUUUAAUUUACUUUCUUCUGAUUGGAUACUACCAAAAAAGUCCUAAAUGUCACGUGUUUAAGUUUCUGUGUCUUCAAUGUCUUAACGUUAAUCAAGAAAAUCUGUAGAUGUCAUCAUCAACAUCCUCACCCCUUUGUUAUCACCCUUUUAAUCUGUCUUUAUUCCCACUACAGUUGUUGGAUUGAAUUGUCUUCUCUUCCUCAGGCGAGUCUUCGCAGCCCUGAGCUGACCUGGGAGAGGGUCCGCUCUCAGGUGGACCACAUCAUCUGGCCCGAUGGGAAAAGGGUUGUGAUGCUUGCAGAGGUAACACACUCGAAACUGUGUCACUUACAAUCUUACGUCUGACUUCAUUAAACUGCAAGAUGAAAAUGCAUCAACACACAUCUCAGUAUUGCAGUUGCAGCAUUUAUAUCUCUUGAAUAAAAAAAAUGGCUGCUGUGACCACCAGGUCCUGCUGUCCUUCAUUAUGAAGGGUCUUUGGGCAAGAUACUUAACCCCAGAAUCUGCUUUAACUGGCUGUGCCUGAGAUAUGAAUGGGAUUGAUCAAUACUGCUCACUUUACACGGCAGCUUCUGCCAUUGAUGUAUGAAUGUGAUGUGAAUGGGUGAAUGUGAAAUGCAGUGAAAAGGCUCUUGAGUGGUCAGAAGACAAGAGAAGGCGCAGUAAAACACAGUCCAUUUCCUCUGGAGGUCAUCCAGAAGCUGCACCCUCAUUGAGUCUUUAUAAAUCUUCUAAAUGCUGCUGCUGGAGUAUGCAACAGUUUAUGUGUAUAACAACUUUCUUCAUCUAACUGUUCUUUGUUCCUCCUGUUCUUCAGGGUCGCCUCUUGAACCUGAGCUGCUCCACAGUGCCCACGUUUGUGUUGUCCAUCACUGCUACCACUCAGGUGAAUGGCUCCUCUUUGGCUCCUUCACAGAUACUUUAAUAUUCUUCUGAAGAAAGAUAGACAAUCACGACUGGUCUUGUUUGUCUGUAGGCCCUGGCCCUGAUCGAGUUGUUCAAUGCUCCAGAAGGACGUUACAAACAGGAUGUGUACCUCCUGCCCAAGAAGAUGGGUAAGAAAAAAGAUUCAGGCUGUUAUUUAUUCAAGAAUGUUCUACUGAAACCUUUACAUUCUCAGUUUUAAAUUCUUGUUGUGGACAGUUUCUGAUGGUAGCCAGAUUUGUGUUACUCACUGUUGCCAUCCUGUGACUUGAUCUGGACAUUACACCAUGCACUGAACCGAUGAAUCCACUCAUAUCUGUUUACCUUAGACGAGUAUGUGGCGAGUUUGCACCUACCAAACUUUGACGCCCACCUGACAGAGCUGUCUGACGAGCAGGCCAAGUACAUGGGCCUUAACAAGAACGGCCCCUUCAAACCUAAUUAUUAUAGGUAGGUUGAAUCAACCCCUUAUCACUGACAUACAGCAUCACAUAUUUGUACCAAAGAUCAACUAGAAAAAAUUAACCCUGUAUUUUGUCCACAGGUAUUAAUAAGAGUGUCUGACGGCGAGAUCUUCAACACACAGUUGCCCUGGAUAAACAGAGAUAUCUAUUUUAUUUUCUCAAUUGCUACAAAAUGAAGGAAUUAUUUUACUUAAGCUGAAUGUAACUUAUUAAUAGCACUUCAGACAUAGUGUUACACAGGAAACAUUUAAAGUAGGAAACAUUAGAUGUAUUGCUAACUAACAUUUUACAUGUCUUGUCACGUGUUAUAAGAAAAGCUUGCUUGCAUGCUUUCGUGUGUGUGUGCUAAUUUAGUCACUUCUUUUACCUGAUCACAAAGUUACUGAUUCAUUUGUUUACCCUGCUUAUGCACAGUGCCAAAGGAUACCGCAGGAACGGGAAUGUUACCGUUUAUUUUGUGUCUGAAGAUUUUCAGAGUACAUUCCAUUAAUGAAGGUUUAGGUUGAGCCAAGAACUUAAUUUUCAUGUAAAUGAUGUUAGAAAUGUUGAAAAGCUCUUUUAACUCAACUGACUGAAUACUAUCUGCCUACAUGCUUGAAAAGGUACCAUCCAGUCAUGCUUUUAACCAAUGAUGAUUAAAUGUAUCACUUGCUUUAUAAACAGUAUCAUCCAUGUUGUUUAUCUAAGAUGAAUUUUUAACAACCUGUGUAAGGGUAGGUGCAUUUUUAAUUCCUGACUCUAGGUAUUGGCAUUCAACGCUCAUCUCUUAAAUGAUCUUAAAACAAAGAAGUCUUCUUCUGCUAUGUGAUGGUGUUGUGAAGAUGAUGAUCCUUAAAAGGAAAAGCUGGAGGGGUUGAGAACAAGCUGGAAAGUGUAACUCCUUUCUUUUAAUACCAAAUGUCCAUUCCUUUCUUCAGAGACGUUUGUGUAUGUGUGACUGAGGAGCAAAUGUUCGUUUUAAUGUGUUCUGACUGGAUAAUACCUUCAAGGCCAUGGUAUUAAUGUGCCUUUUUAAUAAUUUACAACUCAUAAAUAUCAGCACUGACCUUAAUGAUACAAACAUUCCCCUAUUUUUGUUCGACCACGUCAUUUUAUGUCUUCCCUUCACUGCUUCUUGUAUUAAUUAUGACUUUGAUGUGUGAGCUAUAAGUUGAGGAAAAUAUUAGAAUUUAUGUUUGCCAUAUGAUUGUUGCUAUCGUCAUUUGAUCCAACAGUGUCACCUGAAGUUAUAUUUUGUGUGAUCAAAGUGCAUAAGUGUAUAAAAUGUAUGUAAAAUAAUGCAUCAAAUCAGCAAUAAAGCGAAUCCAUAUAAUAGAUUUUUAA